AUGGGUUGUGGCAAUUCCUCAGCCACCAGCACCUCAGGAGGGGGUGAGUGAUUUCACAAAAAAAAAAAAAAAAAAAUUGUGUGUGAAUCUAUGUUUGCUGAUGUGUGUGUGUGAGUGUAUGUGUGGGUGUGAAAACAGGCAAGUGAGAGAGAGAGUUGUCAGUGUAUCUGCAACAACAAGAGAAGGUGUUUUGAAUGUAAAUGAAGUGUGGCAUGAUUACCCUUUGCAUUAUGAGUGUGUCCCCUGAUGUGUCUGUGUGUUUGUGGAUCACCAGUGUGUGUGUGUAUGUGAUGCUUUUGAUGUCAGUAUUUCAUUCAUCAGUUAAUCAUCAUGUGUAAAAAAGCCUCUCAGUGUCUCGAAAUGUCUGUAAAAUUGCUCUUUCUCUCUUUCUUUAAUGUUUAUCAGUUUGCGACACGGAGGCUCCCCCUCUAGUGUGUGUAUGUGUGUGCGUGCGUGGGUUUCGUGGUCUCCUUUGCGUGCUGUGAGGGUCUCCCGUGUUCUGGUAAAAGAACACCCCUUGAAAAUUGGCAUCAUGGUAGUGUAAUUACAGUUUUGUGAAAGCAGAUAGGUCACUUGAGGGUUUUUAGAGUAUGCGCUCUUUCUUUUGUGUGUUUUGUGUCUCUGGUUUUCAUGGAUUUUUUGGGGGUGAAAAGCAAGCACUCUCAGCAGCAAUAAACCGUCUUUUGUCUCCCCUCGUGACUGAUGCUGGCUGUGCAGCUUUGAAAUUACUCCCAUCAAUGGUCAGGUUUCAUUCAUAAAGCCUGGAGGACACAUCUGAUAAUACUGCACACUUGUUGUUUUGCUGAUGCUUGUCCAGAUUUCUUGCCUCAUUGUGGCUGUCCUCAGAUAACGCGUCUCCCUGUUGAUCUGUUGAUUCAGGCUGCUACCUGUUAGACAUUAUUCCAAGCGAACCUUUCAGCACCAGUCAAAUGAAUGUAAUAAUUAGAUUAAAGUAUGUGCAGGAAUAGCUCAGCACACUGCCCAUUAAAGGAGUGUGGUGUGUGUUUGUGUAAAUGAGUGUUUGUGGUCAGGUAUAUAAUCAGUGCUUUCCAGGCAUGUUAUUAGAGCCACACACGGCCAUAUAGGGAAAUGAAACACAGUGCUGUCUUUUGCUUCAAAUUUGAUCUACUUAAAGGCCAAACAACAUCUCAUGGGGUGCCUAGUUUUUGUUGUUGUGGCUUGUUUGUCCACCAAGGACAGACCAGCAGCUGUGAUCAUUUCUGCGCAGUGAAUUUUAUCCAUUUUUCUCCCCCAUUUUUAGAGGUCACAAUGUCAAAGACGAGCUGUCACUUUGACAAAUGUGCGGCAGUGGUUGGACUUAUUUGUGCCAGCUGACACCAGGCCAGAGUCAAUAGGACACUCUUUUUAAUCUUCUUGGAUCUGUUGAGUUCAGGUAGAAGCAUCCGCCCAUACUGUGUAGCCUGUUAAUUCAAUAAGUGUUUGUUUGGUGGGAGUAUCUUUACCCUGCUAGUUUGGCAUUUCCGACAGUGGAAGGUAAAUUAAUGCCUCUGAAACUCUAAGUGGAGUAUAUCUCACUAGAUUAUUGCAUGAGACGAUAUGUAUAAAGACAGACAAUACAGUUUCUCCAGCUAUAUCAGCCAUGCAAAAGUAAUGGCAAAACAACCUUGAAAUACCAGGUUUUGAGUGCUUCCAUCUUAUAUGUAUUUGUAGUCAGUCUGUCCACUUGCGGUUGACUCUCAGAGCUGCAGUUUUGAUGCUCUCCACUAACCAAACCAUCGGAUUUACUGUUAAAUCAGCCAAGAUACCUCUAGUCGACACAGUUUACUCAGAAAAAUCUUCAGACACUGGUUUGAAUCAGACACUCAUGAUCAUUGAAGGUUUGUCAAUGUUUUUUCUUGACAUUUGCCCUCUACUCUACCAGUGCAGCGCACACAGCCCUGCAGGAGCUGCCUUCAUCCACAGAGCUGUCAAUCAUGGUGUAUACACCAUUUUUAGCCUUAAAGGUGUGGUGUGCGCAGAAAGGGGAAUAUAAAGCCGUAUCUAGAACUGACAUCAGUCAAGUGACAGUGUCAAUUCAAUUAAGCAUGUUAAGUAUGUUUCUUACCUUAAAAACGUUAUUCAAAAUAAUUAUUUUGUGCUUAACAACCACCACUCUAUACUUCAUCAUUUUCAAACAUGUUAUUUUUCACGGCCACUCGCUGUAAGUAACUAGUGACACACAUGUCUGGAUUGUCAGUCCUGUGCUACAGCAGAAACAUGUUGAAAUGAUGCUGGCCUUGGUGGAGGAGGACCCUUUUCUAUGAAAAGAAUGAAAAGCUCAUACUCAUUUAACAAAAACUGUCUGCUUUUUAUAUUCAGGUAAUUUUACACUGAUUUUACAGACUUUUGAGUAUUUAAUUACAUUUCUACCAAGUCUGUACUGAUAAUUGUUGCUCAGUUAUACAGACAGUACUUUUAAAGCUUCUGUAAGGAACUUUUCGUUUCUGUUGAUUUUGGAGUCCCACAAGCAAAAAAGACAAAAAAAUCUUCGCUUAUCUUGUCCUCUACAUGCUUGAAUAUAGUCUGUUUACAAAAAAAUCUUAAACUGCUGACCUUUGACAGUCGAAUGUAUCAUUCACUGUGAAUAUUGUGUGUGGAUAAAGUAAAAACAGAACUGUUUCUGUAGCUGCUCAGCUGACACCUACCCCCGCACACCGGUUUCAAGCAUUAAUUAUUACAAUAUAAAAAUGAUCAGUCUUGUUGUUGAUGGUCUCAUUUGCUUGUUAUAUCCUGAAAAGGCAUUCAUUUGAAUUUCAGAUGUUUCAUAAACAUCAACAUACUCCUCAAAGGAGCUUUAAAUAACAAAUUAAACUGUACUUCUCUGGAAAAUAAAUAUAAGUCGAAAACGAGUUUGUCAUGAGUUAAAGAUAAUGACAGAAAUAUAUCGGAGAAACAUUUCUAUGACAUGAAUUUUGAUUAUGCAGUUUGACCUACAUCCUACAAGGGCAGGCAUGUGAUUUGCAUCGCAUUCAGACUGUCCAUCUUUGAUACAGUCCUUGUUCUCACUUCACAAAACAACAAAACAUGUAUUCACCGCUACAUAUGACCAUAAUGUAGUCUGUUAUAACCGUUUAAAUAUACUGAACACAUACACUACAUAAAGAAGUAAGAGAAAUCUGUUAUUCAACCUUGCACAUAAAGAUAUAUUCAUACAGUUAUUCAAGAGGCCUGAAAACCAUGAUAUAGAGGAGAAAUGUUCAGUUUCAAGCUGUGGUGACCGUCUCGCUACACUCCACAUCACAUUGCUCGUCCUCAGUCUUAUUCACCCAGAUGUGCACUCUUGGACAUAAACGAGCUUUUGUCAGGCUGCUGAAUAGGCCUCUGUAUCAUGUCAGUUGACUCAAACUGCUUCUGUGAAAGAAAACCCAGCAUUCCUCUUACAAGAAUGAAAUUCUGUGAAAUGCAGAUUCUCCAGUUUUAUAGUAUUGCAUGUUAUUUCUGUUGCAUCAUUUUAAGCCACAUUUGUACUCUGAUACUACAAACUACGACAUGAAAAAAACAAAACAAAAACAAAGAGCAGAAUUGAGGAUUUUGUUCCUCCUGUUGUUGAGACUACGGUACUUAACAUUUAAGUAGAAACUUAGAUUAUCCUGUUUGUGUUAUGAUCUCAUUUUGCAUCAAAUCAAGCUCAGAUAGACCGCCUGUGGCUCAGUGAAGAAUUAGGUGUUGUAACACUAUCAAAGAAAAGGACAAACACAACGGGUGUUAUUAGACACAUUUUUGCACUUUGUUUCAGUUCACAUCAUGUCCCCUUGUUAGCCUUCAGAGCAAAAACUAUAAAAGACAACUGUUAAGAGUGUAGAGCCACAUCAAGGAUAUGUUGCAAACUAGAUCACUUUAAAAUAUUCACUGAAAUUUCAAUCUUGUAUCUGAUUUAGGGCUGUUCUGAUACAAUAUUGAUAUUGUAGGUCCAAUAUCAGUCAAAAAACAAAUAUCGGAUUAUAUGGGCCUGCACCUAAAAUCUCCGAUAUCAGCACUCUGAUACAAGCAGUCCAUUCCAGACUCCACUCCGACACCUCUAUCUAGCAGCACCUGGACCCAGCAUGCAGAGGCCACAUGAUCACAACAACAGUGUGCACUAAGGUACUAACAAAGUAGCAAGGAUUAGGAGUGAUGUCAGCUGUGUGGCAGUAUUUUUUAUUGAAGUACGGAAAAGACGUUGCAGCUGAGCGCAAAACUUGUCAUGCACAAGUUUGUGCCAAUAUCGGAUCAAUAUCGGUAUCGGACAAUGCUGAAGGCUACAAUAUUGGUAUCGUAUCGGAAUUAAAAAAGUUGUAUCAGGACACCCCUUGAGGUGUGACUUGACUUGAGGUCAGAAUCAGGAAAGUUCUGAUAAAUUAGCAAACAUCUCAGGAGGAGAAAGCAGCUCCUCGAGAGGUUUACUGCUGUGUCUCUGGAUUGUCAUUGGAAAUCCAAGGCAAUUUCUGUGAAGUGAGGGAUGAGGUGGAAGUUGAAAAAGAGGCCAGAGCAUUUUUCCUGUUAUCUUGGUGUUAAGAUGUUCAGUCUCAGGAUGUCGGGAGGGAGACUCCAUCUGAGUGUCAGACACGAUAAAGAAACUCAUGCAGACUUAUAACUGGAAGAUUCAUGGGAGUUUGUGCAAACAGUCUGUGUCUGUUAAUAGAUUUUGUUAAAGUCUAGACUUUGCCCCCUGGGUCAUCCUUGUAGGCACCUUAAGAUUAUUAAGUACUUAGAUGUCAUGAGUCAUUGAGUCUUUGCAUGGCAAAAUGUUCCCUGUCAACAUAUUCAUUUGCAGUUUUAAUGUACGGGAUCUGAAAGCUCAGAUCUAAGAGACAAAAGGAUUUCCAGUCUGUGAACCUUUGCUCUUUUGCACAUGAUGUUAUUCUGUCAAGCUAUGAUUUCCAUAAGGCAUCAAAUCGAUUUAAAGCUGCAUGUGAGGUGAUUGCAGUGAGAAUCCAUAACUCUGAGCUGAUGUUACACAAAAAAAUCAAACUAACAAAGGCCUCGAGGAGAGGACUUUUCGUAUCCCGGGGUCUUGUUCGCAAAAGGGGUAAGAUGGUCGUGAAGACUGUCAGCAACACUGCAGGCAUUUUUACGAGCGUACACUUUGGUUGGAUCCACAUUCAAACCCUCAACUAUGGUCAUAAUCUUUGGACAGUGAUAGAAAAAAAAAGAUUGCACAGUCAUGUAAUCAAAACUAGUUUCCCUCUGCUGUUUUUAGGAUACUGAUUCAGGGGCCUUCUCUGGACUUAGCUUACUGAGAGGAGACAAUUGGAUCGAGCUUCAAUGUGCUAAACGAAUUCAACCUUGAAGUGGGAGAAACUCAGCACCAUAGACUUGAGUUUGCACUGUCAAGUUAAGCAAUCACAGAAUAUUGAGGAUGGUGAAUAAGACUUGCAGUGGUGGAUUUUAUGUCAGUUUAAUGUGAACAAAAGAGAAAAUAUCUUGAGUUUUUUAGGUCUGUAUUGAUUCUUUUCACUAUUUACCCUAGUUGUAACAAAGUGUAAGCUAAAGGGUGCCAUGGGAAACAUUUAGGGAUAAAUCUUGAAUGCUUUUGUCAGAUGAAUUUGAUCAGCUUUAUUUCAUCUGCAUUUACAUUCAUUAAAAGACGACAUAAAAUUUUGGGGUGUCGUGUAGCUUGCAGCACAAUUGUUUCAAAGCCCUUUAACUGAAGAUGCCUUGUACUUAAAAAACUGAGACCUUUUUUAUUUACUACUUGCUUUGUCAGGUACAAUAAAAACACACAGUACAGUAUUUAAUGUAAUUUCUGCCUAACAGAGUCUAAAGCAGACUCUACUGAUGUGAAGCCUGGCGCGUUUCCUGUCCCGACUUCCCUGAUUUCAUGGAGGAGGUUCAUGGAGCUUAAAAGACUGACCACAUAAGCUCUCUCAAUCACUCCCCAAGGGUCUAAACCUCCACUUUAGACCUUCUGAUCUAAUGAAUGAUGGCAGCCGCUUUUGUUAAAUGAUUGAUUUCUGCAACAUGUCUGUACACUAGAGGCAUGUAGAUGUUAGAUAAGUCAGAUAAUAGAUGGUUGGAGUAAGAUUUUUCAGACAAUGACUGUCCUUCUUAAGGCUGUCCCUGGCUGUUAAAUUGUAGCCUUUGUGAGAAACUACUGCAAGGCUAACGAAAGAACAUAGACUUGUUUCACCCUGAAUUGUUGGUAAAGUAACAAUCCACAAUGAUUGUUUAAUUCUUCUUUUUUCAUGUGCUUUCAGGGCCAGCAGAAGCCUCCAAAGAAGUGUAAGUACAAUACUACUUUUCUUUUCUUUUCGUUCAAUGUGCAAGAACUUCACCCUAAGUGACAAUCAGGAGGCAGGUAUGACAGGACGAGGGGAGGGCAGAGUGUAAGGCCCAAUCCCAAUCUGCCCCCCUAAACACUCACCCUUCACCACCCAAUGUCACUCGUAAUGAAGUGAGGGCGCUUCAAUUGAAAGGGGAGGGCAUAAAUAAGACGGGCAGGUAUGGGACAUCCACUGGAAAACAGAAAGACUCAUCGCCAUAGCAACACAAAGACGUAUCCUGUGCAUAGCAACGUUUCUUUUCUUAGUAAAACGGUCAAAAUGUACAGUUCUGAGCCCCACCAGGAGCUAAAUUAUACUUCUAACUGUAAGAAAUUCCACACGCCUUUAAACGCCCUUACUAUUUGACAUGUACCUGCACAAUCAAAUCAAACGUCGGCACAGAGUAAGAUUUCUGAGUUUCGUUAGCUCUCUCCAAAUCACGUCUUUUGUGAUUUGUUUGUCGGUGAGACAAAGGUGUGAGCAACAUACUGGACAUAUGCAGAACUUAUAUUUGUAUGUUGUUUCCUCCUCCUCCUCCUUUAUUUUUGCCGAUGCACUACCUGCAAAUCCUGCUUUAAGUGAGUGUAGGUGCAGACUUAACUGAACAGUCCACUCGCACUCCGCACUUAAUGCUUUGGGACGACCUUCAAUGAGAUGGCGCCUCAGCGUGUGGGGCGAUUGCGAUUGUGUAGGACCCAGCUGAAAUAGAGACACAGGUUUGUAAUUUCAAAAUAAAACAGGAAGGACAAGACAUGAAAUGUGAAUCUGUAAAAAAUAAAGAAAACAGGGACUUUAAAAUGGCAGAAUUGGCGCUUCUUGAUUCUUAAUUCGACAUAUACUGCGAUUUACUGUCUGAUAGGUUUUUUUUAACUUGGCUAAAGAGAAUCAGUUUUCAAAUUAAAGCUACUGUGAGGAACUUUCCCUUUUGUCAAAACUUAUCAUAUCCUCUACAUGUUAAAGUGGUGUUUUUGAAACAAAUAUUUUUGGCAGGAAUUGUAAACACAAGGAUAUUUCUUCUUCUGCUGCUGCUUGGCUCAUACCUACCCCCCACUCCAGUCUCAGGUUACACUAAAAUGUUGUCAAUCUUGUUGCUGAUAGUGUUGUUUACAUUUUUAUACCAAUUUUAUGACCUUCAGUCUAUUUCAAAAGUGUCAAAGAUCUCCUCGUAAACAAAUCAAUAGAUAUUUGACCUUUAAAUGUGAUCCCCGGUGAGCUUCCUUAGAACAAUGUUCAGGUAAAAAUGUUCAUCUAUUUAACCCGUGUCAGCAGACAGGUUGCCCUUUGCCAUCAAAAGCAAACAUCUACCAAAGCUUUGGCAGGAUCCGCAUUUCCUGGAAUCAGUGCGAGCGUAUGUGUUUGUGUGUGUUUAUUACUGCACACAUAUGUCUGUUUUCCAGUUGAUAACCAUCUGAGCAGCCAGCUCAGGACCCAUGAGAGCUGACAGCAGCACAGUACUGAUUCACGGAGGGUAAUCACAGCUUCCUUUGACUGUACUGCACAGCAAAAUACAAACAGAGAGAGAGAGAGAGAGAGAGAGAGAGAGAGAGAGAGAGAGAGAGAGAGAGAGAGAGAGAGAGAGAGAGACAGAGACAAAGAGAGAGAAAAAGAGAGAGAGAGAUUACUAGUUGUGAAACAUAAAAUUAAGGGAGUAACUCAAUAACACGCGCCAAAAGAGAAACUGUAAAUUAGAUGAGGCAGCCUUUGGUCAGCGCCCAAUAAGCCAACAAACAACAACAGGAGAAAAAGCGGUGAGGUCAAUGGAAACGGGUAGUUGAGUCACUUGGUUUCAGACCUGACGCAUACACAGGCAGGUCAGAUAGAUGAUUAGCUGUUCAUUACUCCGGAAACAGAAACAGCAAUGUUCCCUGUGAGGCUAUUGCUGCAUAUCUACCUGAUUGCUCUUCCAAAGUCUGAGUUUCCUGUGUCUCAUCUCUUUUAGUAUGUUUUGUUUGUUUGAGUUUUUGAUGUCCUCUGUGCUUCUAACAGCUGACCUGACCUGUGCUUCUUCUCUCAAUCAGGACAGACGAUCCCUCAGCAGAGGAUGAGAAAAGAAGGUAGUUUGAUUUUUUUUCUGAUGCUGUCCAGAUUGAGGGGGUGAAUCCACAGUUAAUUUCUGUCAUUUUCUUAAAAUUCAUUUGAAUGUUUUUAUUCAUUCAUGAGAGAAAGUCUCACAUGCCACACCAGGGAAAGCCUUUGCAUCACUAAUGAAGUUAUGUGUCAUGCCAUGACAAGAUGGUGUUACAUCUCUGACUCAGAGGGAAGCGUCGUGGAGGAGUCAGACAGCCAUCAAUCAAUCAGCAAAACAGUUUAUGACAAAAAUGAUGUUCACAAAAAAAUGACAAGGACAGAGAAGCCAUUACUGUCUUUGGUUUUUAUAUGAAGAGAUAAUUCACAAAAACCAUUACUUCCAAUAUUUUGAAAUAUUCAUACUUAUUAUGUUUAUGUCAUUGCUUGUGGCAGUAAUAUUUAAACCAGAGUAUCUGCAUAUUAACCUCAUUUCAACUUAAAAAAACACUAUAAAAUUCAUAAAGCCUUUAAAGAGAUUAAUCAGGGGAGAGCUUUCCAUCAAUCAAAUGUGAAACAGCUGAACACACAGCUGACUGGGCCCAGGGAUGUUAUCUUUUAACCACUUUUAGAGAACUCUAACAGCUAAUACAUCUGUGAAGGAGAGAAACUUUAUUCCAUGAGAACCACCACAAUAUCAACAACUCAACAACAACUUUCUUCUUUUUAUCUUUUGUAACCUACUCACUAAAUUGUUCUCCUCUCCACUCAGGAAUUAUGGUGGGGUAUAUGUAGGUCUACCUACAGACCUGACCACUGUGGCUGCAAGCCAGUCCAAGUCCACACGAAAAGGUAAACACACAAAUAACCACAGUACUGCACAGACACCCUACAUUCUGGAAGAUGAUAAUAUUGUAGAGAAGCAGCUGAGGGCUAAGAGAGGAAUAAUCCCUUGUGGCUGAGCCACUGCAACAUGGAGCCUCACGGCUGCCUGCAGCUCUGUUGGAUUAUUUUGACCUUUUUUUUGACUGAAUCUCAAUGAGAAUCUUCCACUGCACUGUUACAGUUUGGCUGCUUACAACUCUGAUGAGAAAUAUGGUUCACAGCCUUUAAUAUAUACGUAUAAGAAAAUAGGUUCAAGAAUUUGACUAUUAGUCCGUAAUGGACUAGCCCGUGGUCUCGCUACAAACAAGCCUAGCAAACAAGUGCUGGACCCUUACCUAAUUUUAUGCCGGAGUAUCCCUUUAAGUAAUAAGCUAAUGCUCUUCCAGUUGUAUUUUGUUUUCCUAGAGGUUGUACCCUGUGCUGCAGGAGAUUGAAUUAGUGUCUUGUGCUGGGUAGAGUGAGUAGCUCAUUUUGGAGACAUUAAUAUAAGAACAGGAAAACCAUUAAUAUAAAAACAGGAGAUCCAUUAAUAUACUUUCAAUGAGUUUGCUUUUUAUUCCCUUUUCAGAUUAG